AGCGCAGGAGAAAUCGGAAGGAAAAAUCAGCUGGAAUCCACGGAAGUCCUUGACAGGACUAUUCCUUUCCUUAGCUAGCUGUUUAUUUGCCUGCCUGUGCUUUUCGCUGUCAUCGUUUUACUGUUUUAAACGCCACCCUGGCGAUGUCGGAGUCUUACGAUUUCCUGUUUAAAUUCCUGGUGAUUGGAAAUGCUGGAACAGGCAAGUCCUGCCUGCUGCACCAGUUCAUAGAGAAGAGAUUUAAGGAUGAAUCUAAUCACACAAUCGGUGUAGAAUUUGGCUCAAAGAUCAUCAGUGUGGUCAACAAAACGGUCAAACUGCAAAUCUGGGACACUGCAGGUCAAGAACGCUUCAGGUCUGUGACCAGGAGUUACUACAGAGGAGCAGCAGGAGCUCUACUCGUCUACGAUAUCACCAGCCGAGAAACCUACAACGCUUUGACCACGUGGCUGAGUGAUGCCAGGAUGCUGGCCAGUCAAAACAUCGUCAUCAUUCUCUGCGGAAACAAGAAGGACCUGGACGCUGACAGAGAGGUCACUUUCCUGGAGGCGUCGCGGUUCGCUCAGGAAAACGAGCUGAUGUUCCUGGAGACCAGCGCUCUUACGGGGGAGAACGUUGAAGAGGCGUUCAUCCAGUGUGCUCGUAAAAUCCUAAACAAGAUCGAGUCAGGGGAACUAGAUCCAGAGAGGAUGGGCUCAGGCAUCCAGUAUGGCGAUGCUGCGUUGCGGCAGCUUCGUUCUCCUCGCCGUGCUCAGCCGCAGGGCACUCAGGAGUGUGGCUGCUAGUGGACUCUGCAUUUUACCAAAUAAAGGUUUAUGAAGAG